UUGACGUGGAAUCGUCUCUCUUACAACGUCCGAGGUGGCGCAGCUCCAACGACGGCUCCGGUUAACUCGCUCGGUUCACCGCUUGCCUCUCUGAUUUCCCUCGAAUCUCGAUUGACACAGUGGGAGAGUGGGAGGGAUGAGCAACGAUGGUGGCGGUGGCGGGGACGCUCCGGCGAUUCCACCCAACAUGACUAUCUACAUUAACAACCUCAACGAGAAGAUCAAGCUCGACGAACUGAAGAAGUCCCUGCAUGCUGUUUUCUCCCAAUUCGGGAAGAUAUUAGAAGUUCUAGCUUUUAAGACACUGAAACACAAGGGCCAAGCAUGGGUAGUUUUUGAGGAUGUUCAAUCAGCAACUGAGGCACUUAAACGGAUGCAAGGAUUUCCAUUCUAUGACAAGCCUAUGAGAAUUCAGUAUGCAAAGACCAAGUCAGACAUAAUUGCAAAGGCUGAUGGGACUUUUGUCCCGCGAGAAAGACGAAAAAGGCAUGAUGAAAGAGCAGAAAGAAAGAAGCGGGAGCAGCACCAUGAUGCAAAUCAAGGUGGGACGGGCUUGAAUUCUGCUUAUUCUGGUGCCUAUGGAGCUGUACCACCACUGUCUCAGUUGCCUUACGGUGGAGGGGCUAAGUCUAUGCUGCCAGAGGCACCAGCCUUGCCGAACAAUAUACUCUUCAUCCAGAAUCUUCCACACGAGACGACUCCGAUGAUGCUGCAGAUGCUUUUCUGCCAGUACCCUGGUUUCAAGGAAGUCCGGAUGGUGGAGGCAAAGCCCGGGAUUGCCUUCGUGGAAUACGGGGAUGAGAUGCAAUCUACGGUUGCCAUGCAAGGGCUCCAGGGUUUCAAGAUCACCCAACAGAAUCCUAUGCUCAUCACAUAUGCUAAGAAGUAGGGGGUGGGUGGGUGGCCAACUGUUGGGAGUAAAAAGUAAAUUUUGGCCUCUCAUGUUUAUGAGACCCAUGUUUUUUCAAUGGCCGAUGGAGCUUUCCUCAUUGAAUGGUUUUAAUCGUAUGGCUGUUUCCGUUUGUCAAAAGGGUGCUGGAGAAUGUGUGUAAACCGAUCUUCUGAAACAAUCUUGUGAUUGCUGCUGAAAGGUGC